AUGGACAAGGUGGGAUAUCUGGGACACCGAGUGUCGAUCGGAGGUCUGGAGGCGAACCCGAAAGACCUGAAAUCUCUGACCGAUCUGCCAUUCCCCGGGUCACUUCGAUCUAUGCCGUCACUCCUGGGUAGUUUGAAUUACUACAGCCGAUUCAUUGAAGAUUAUGCUAUCUACGCUUCGGUGCUCUAUGAAUUACGCGAGGGGGAACUGGAGAAACGAUCGGAUCUGAGGGAGAUCAUGGACCGGAACGACCCGAUUCCUCGAGAUCACGGCUCCCCGGAACUAACGUUGACGGGACCAAGGUGGAUCCGGGCACACAGGGCCUUCAUCACCCUGAAAACCAAGAUCGCGACUACCUCAAUCCUCCGCCAUUUUGACGAGACGAGAACGUCGAUCGUUAUCGUAUAUGCCAGUCAUUGGGUGAUAUCCGCCUUGUUGACGCAAGAACACGACGGGAUCUAUCAUCCGGUGGCGUUCGCCAGUCGCACCUUGAAGACGAACGAGUUGAAUUACAAUGUGACUGAGAAGGAGGUGUUGGCACUGCUGAGGAUUUUGGAUCUCUAUUACAAUUUGCUAGUAGGACGCGAGAUCCGGGUCCUAACGAGGCAUUCCACGUUGGCUUGGCUGUUCAAGUCGAUGGGAUUGCAGGGUCGCCUAGGACAAUGGUCCGCCCUCAUGGCCCCGUGGACGCUCGAGAUCACGAAGUGCACGAAGGGCGAGGGCGAAAUACUGGGGGCGAUCGCGGCCAUCAUCACGCCGAGGACGACGAUGGACGAUGCUCUGACCGAAAUCGCUCCCCGGAAGGAACCUAAACGCCGGAUCCAAGCACCGAUACCCACUGUAGAUCGAGACGAGGAACUAUGGGUGAUCAGCUUUGACGGAUCCGCUCGAGUUAAGCGUGGUGGGGGCACGUUCAGCGCGAUCAUGUGGAGUCUGCCCGGAUGGGAGGUGGUCAAAACCAGAUCAGGCUAUCUCGAGAGCCUCACCGUGAACGAAGCCGAAUAUAACGGCCUGAUCCCGGGACUCGACAUGCUAGAGAGCCUAGAUCGCAGACUCCUGGUGGUCUGUGGUGAUACCAACCUAGUGAUCCGACAAGUACGGGGUGAGAUCGACUGCAAAGCACCCGGACUGACGCUAUUGAAGCGGAAGGCCCUCGAUCGCCCAGGGAAAUGGAGUGAUCAUGAGUUUGUGCAUGAGGGACUGGAACGGAAGUGUCGACAGUCUAGCGAGCGCCGCUUCGCAACGACAAGGUGGGAUCGAGGUCCAGGAUACCAGGAUCUAGUCGCCCUGAACCGGUUAGACGAAAUCUUGAUCCCCAAGACCGAGAAUCCAGUGGUGCGAGUUGCUGCGGUUACCACUCGAGCUGGUCGAGCAACAUCACCUGCUGGUGUCAUGCAAGAGGAUCUGAUCCGGGAGAUCCGGGUCCAUCGGAUCAAGCAGGUCCAGGAGGAAGAAGUCUGGAUCGCCGGCAUGAAGAAGUAUCUGAGUGGAUCGAUCGCAGAUCUCACACAAGCGGAAGCAAGAUCAUCGGGGGACGAUCGCGACCGAUUGCUGAGAUUGGCAGUUCCCGAAACGCUGCAAUCGGACGUCUUACACCACUAUCACACCGCGUUGGAAGGAGGACAUCAGGGAGUGAGGCGUAUCUACCAGCGGAUCAGGGAUCACUUCCACUGGAGGGGAUUAUACCGGCGUGUUCAGCAAUAUGUGGGGGAAUGUGUGGAUUGCGAAACAGGAAAAGGAAAACCGGUGAUCCGGGGCGAAUCACCAGGGAACUUGCAGGAGACGUACCCGUUCCAGAUCAUUGCGAUGGAUCACAUAUCGUCGCUACCCAGAUCCCACAAGGGAAACACGGAGUUAUUGAUCUGGGUCGAUCGGUACGAAGAGUGCGUAUUUCGGCGAUUUGGUGCCAGUGAGAUGAUCCGGCAUGAUCGAGAACCCGGCUUAAUGUCCGAUUUCUUCCGGGCGUUUAAUAAGAUCCUGGGACAGUGGCAGCGUGCUACGAUGGCCUAUCGGCCACAAGCUAACGGGACUGCUGAGAGAAUGGUGCAGACCGCGACCAGGGCGCUCAAGAUGUACGCCCGCGAUCUCGAUCAGAAAAAUUGGGACGAAUAUGCUGAGCGCCUUACUUUCGCGAUCAACACGGCUCACGAUCGGAUCCGAGGGGAUAACCCUCACUAUUUGUCGGAUGUACAAGACGGCGUGAUCGAGACGCGCGGCGAUGGCGAUAUCGAGUCCAGUGAUAUUAUCAGCAAUCCCGAGAACAAGUUAAUGCUAGAU